GUCGAGUCAGCGGAGCUUGCGAUCGGCAACAAAUCAAACGUCGCAGCGCGACAAAUGGCAAAUAAACAUUGUUUGUUACGCUUUUCAAAGUUUAGGCAAUUAUCCUUUGCCAAUCCGUUGAACGUGUCGCGCGCGCGAAGCCGCACACGAAAUCUUCCUUGUUAACCAACAUAUAUAUAUAUCUUUUCGUACAACUAUCGCCGGGUCUCGGUGAGUCGUCCGGAAAUAGCUCCAAGUCUCGUCGUGUCGUUUCUUUCGGUCGCAGCAUCCGCGGAACUACGACCAAGAGAUGGAAACGAGGCUACGUUUCCAACUAGUCGGAGCCAAAGAAGAAACGUAAAUAGACGAAAUAAUGUUUCACGGGAAGUAACAACCGCCGCGAAGGGUGUACGAGUAUCGAACGUGUCGAGGAUCUGCGAAGAAAAUGAUGGAACGCGCGAAUAAUCGAAGAAACGAACCGCGGUCGUGAGAAAAAAGAGCAAGAGUAACCCGACGCGUUCGAAGGAUAAGAACGGGUAAAAUGAACGUGGCGUAGCCGUCGAUUCGAUACAGUCAAUUAACCCUCGACGCUAUUAGAUUUAAGCAAGCGGCGAUCGUUUUCGAUGCACGCGAAAAUAGGAACCAGCGUGGCAAGAUUAUCGCCCGUGGAAUCGGAGGCCGGGCAAAAUAGAGCCAAUUAAAGUCGUCGAACCGGUGAUAGCUUUUGCAACGCGCGCACCGAGUGCAUUCGAGCAACGCACGAUGGCCGCCGUCGUUCCAAGAAAAUUUCGACAGCGAUGCUGGCGUCGUUUGUUAGCGGCCGCUUACCUGUGCGCGUCCAUCCUGUGGCUGGACGGAAUUUUGAGUUGCGACGGGCAGAAGCCGAUAAACCUCGGCGGCGCCAAGAGGCGAGACGUUUACAUCGCUGGAUUCUUUCCGUACGGCAACCACGUACCCGAAAGCCACGUUGGUCGUGGCGUUAUGCCUUCGGUCAAGCUCGCCGUGGAUCACAUCAACGAAGAUCCAGCCGUGCUCAGGAACUAUCGGCUGCACAUGUGGUGGAACGAUACAGAGUGCAACGCGGCCGUCGGCGUGAAAGCGUUUUUCGACAUGAUGCACAGCGGACCGCACAAAGUGAUGCUGUUUGGCGCAGCUUGCACGCACGUCACGGAUCCCAUCGCCAAAGCGUCCAAGCAUUGGCGACUCACUCAGCUCAGCUACGCGGACACGCAUCCGAUGUUCACGAGCAACAGCUUCCCGAAUUUCUUUCGAGUGGUGCCAUCCGAGAAUGCGUUCAAUGCCCCCCGUGUAGCGCUCUUGAUACACUUCAAUUGGACCAGAGUCGGUACGAUUUACCAAAACGAGCCGAGGUACUCCCUAGCUCACAAUCGAUUGGUCGCCGAUUUGGACGACAGCAAUAUGGAGGUCGUGGAGACGCAGAGCUUUGCCACGGAGGUGUCCACGGCCCUCGAAAAACUGAAGGAGAAGGACGUUAGGAUAAUUUUGGGGAAUUUCAACGAAGUCUGGGCUAGACGGAUAUUCUGCGAAGCGUACAAAUUCGGUAUGUUUGGACGAAAAUAUCAAUGGGUGAUCAUGGGAACGUACGGGGAAGAAUGGUGGCUUCGAUCCGGCGGUGGUUGCGCUCCCACGGAGCUUUCCGAAGCUCUCCACGGUGCCAUUCUGACGGACUUGCUCCCGCUGACGACGGAAGAACGGUACACCGUGUCCGGCAUUACGCCGGAUCAAUAUCGGGUCGAGUACGACUCGAGACGGGGCACGGAGUAUUCGAGAUUCCACGGAUACACGUACGAUGGUAUAUGGGCGGUCGCUCUGGCGAUACAACACGUGGCGCGCAGGAUAAGACACUAUCGUCGCAAUCAGACCAUAUCGGAUUUCAGAUACAGAGACGCGCUCUGGGAGAAGCUUUUCCUCGAGGCCCUCAGGAAUACCAGUUUCGAGGGAGUGACGGGGCCUGUACGUUUCUACGAUAACGAACGAAAAGCGUACAUUCUGUUGAAACAGUUUCAAAGCGGUAGCGAAGUCAAGGUGGGAGAAUUCGAUGGUGUGACCGGUGUAUUGGACCUGACCAGAGGUCAACCUAUGGUCUGGAGAGGACGGUCGCCGCCGAAAGAUCGAACGCUUCAUAUCAUCGAGCACUCGACUGUAAAUAUUACAAUUUAUGCGGUGCUGACUUCCGCGGCCAGCGUGGGUAUCGUCAUGGCGGCCAUUUUUCUCGCCAUCAAUAUUAAGUACAGAAAUCAAAGAUAUAUAAAAAUGUCAUCGCCGCAUUUAAACAACCUCAUUAUCGUCGGAUGCAUGCUGACCUACAGCAGUGUAAUUUUCCUUGGGUUAGAUUCGCAGCUGUCCAGCGUAACGGCAUUUCCGUAUAUUUGCACCGCAAGAGCAUGGCUACUGAUGGCUGGUUUCUCGUUGGCCUUUGGUUCCAUGUUCUCCAAAACAUGGCGAGUACAUUCCAUCUUCACCGACGUAAAGCUCAAUAAAAAGGUCAUAAAGGAUUACCAGUUGUUUAUGGUGGUCGGUGUAUUGUUGUUUAUCGAUUUGGGGAUUAUGACGACGUGGCAGGUGGCGGAUCCGUUCUACAGGGAAACCAAACAAAUGGAACCCUACCCCCAUCCUUCAAGCGAGGAUAUUAUAAUAAUACCGGAAAACGAGUACUGUCAGAGUAAUCGGAUGACCGUCUAUUUAGGGUGUAUAUACGCGUACAAAGGACUGUUGAUGAUAUUCGGCGCUUUUUUGGCAUGGGAAACGAGACACGUCAGUAUUCCGGCGCUAAACGACAGCAAAUACGUCGGAAUGAGCGUGUACAACGUCGUGAUUAUGUGCGUCACCGGAGCAGCCAUAAGCUUCGUGUUGGCCGACAAACAAGACGCCAUGUUCAUAAUGUUGGCGGUAUUCAUAAUAUUCUGCAGCACGGGCACGCUGUGCCUGGUUUUCGUACCGAAGCUCAUAGAACUGCGAAGAAAUCCUCAAGGAGCGAUAGACAAACGAAUGAGAGCUACUCUGAGGCCGAUGUCGAAGACGCGGAGGGACUCGAGCAUGAGCGAAUUGGAAGAACGUCUGAAAGAGGCUACGCUAGCGAAUCAAAACUUUCGUAAGCAGCUGUUGGAGAAAGAUUCGGAACUUCAGAUGUUCGUAAGGAGGCUCGACGACCAAGCUACGUCGAACACGCAAGAAGCGAUGGACAGGUUGACGGUCCCGAGGCAAGACGCGACGAUAAAGAAAGAGGGUCUGUCCGUGAACACGGAGACAACCGAUAUCUCGAUGUCGAUGUGCAGCCUCAAUUCGAUGACGAUUUCUCAACCGGAGGGCGAUUUCGCGAACCUCGAUCAACAAUCGGCAAAGAAGAAGACGUCCUUCUCGAAAGUUCCGGCGAUCGCCAUCGACGGUGAGCGGGUGCCCCUGGUGCCGCAGGUAGACGCCGUUAAAGGGGACGCCUCAAAGACGUCCGACGAUAACGCGCCACCCUCGGCUUUGAAACACGCGGCAAACGAGCCGACGCGUAGAAGAAGCCGCUCCGGGAAAGAGAGCGAACCUCUUAUCGAGAGGAGCCCGGAACCGCGUCCGGACGGCAAAACCAACGUCGAAUUCGUGCCGGAAAUCGUCGAGGAGGGCGACGCCGUUAUUCUCGAAGAGACUGAAAUCCCCAGGCACGGGAAACCGGUUAGAUGCAGGGACGAUCGCAGGUCUAGGCUUCCGACGCCGCUACCCGCGAAGAACGUCUCUUUCGGCGAACUACACGAGCAAAACUACCUCGAGCAAGCCAUACUCCCACCUCCGUCGCAAUUCGUAGCGAAGCAUCGACAUUCCGGUUCGACGAUCGCGUCCUCCCAUCAAUCGCUCAAGAGGAGAUCGUCCGUGAAAAACAACGGAAUGGCCCAUUCUCAUCACGAGCUGUUCCAAACACGCCGUACGAGCGUCCCGGUCAACUCCAUCAGCUACAUCUCGACCGAGAACGUGUCCAAGUCCGAGAGGACGGAGGUCUCUAUGGGCUCGUUGGACAAAUCGUACGUGAUCGGCGAGUGCGGGCACAGACGAGCGGUGAUGCCCGGCGCCGGUACCGGUACCGGUUACCGCUGCGAGAAGCACGGCGGCCGCGGUGGACACUCUCGCGCGACCUACAACGGCUCCGCCGAGACGCCGCCCGCGCCACGGAGGCAACGAAAGCACUACGACUCGCAGAACGCGAGUUCUCCGAGCGUGCCGGCGGUCGUCAGCGCGAGCUACUCCGACACGGAGAAAUGCGACGAGUCGGUCUCGACGAUCAUUCAACGGUCCGUGUCCGAGAGAUCGCGGGAGACGUGUCCGCGUCUUCGAAGCGAGCACAACGCAGCGACCGAGUGUCCCCAUCGUGCCGCCCGGAGGAUACGAGAAUGCAGGCACACCGAGCCGAAGCUUCGGCAACAGGCUCGACUGGAGUACGUGCAGAGUACGCCGAACGUGGCCACCAUUCACAAUAAUAAAUUCGCGAGCGCGAAUCCGCGCGGCGGAGGCGUUGGCGGUGGCGGUGGCGUCGGAGGCGUCGAGGAACGCGGAGGGCCGGGCGAACGCGGUGCCGGCGUAGCCGGAACCAGAAGUGGUGCCAGAGUAGCUGGAUCCGUGACCAGCAGCUCGGACGUUGUCGGUGGUUCGGCGAUCAACGUCUCCAAGAUGUACAGUGCUGUGUCUGACGGCGAGCUGCUGGAUGUAACGAUUCUUCCCAUCUUUCAGAAGCUGCUCACCGAGAGACACAAGAGCACGUCGAGAGGCGGUUACGGUGCCAGCGUGGCCAGCUGUCCGAAUAUAUCCAUCAAAUGCGACAUCGUCGAGUAUCUUUAACGAUCUUCCAACAAUUAGUUUCGAAUUUCGCGCGGUAUCGGUAUUACGGGCCGUAGUAUCAUCGAUCGCGGAAAAGAUCUAUCGCCCGUCCGAUACGGAGCCAUCGUUUUCUUAUUCUCGACCCGUGGUGUUAUCGUUUGGUAAAUCUUGCUUGGUUCGUAAACCGUGUCUCGACCGUUUCUUCUAACUCUAUCGCAACCGCGUGUUCGUAAUCGCGGCGGUAUUCACUAAUCGGCAUAUUAAUUGUGGUAUUGGGGAACGGGACGAGAGAAAAAAAAUAUUCCAAUUACCCUCGAUAUUGCGUCGAUUCGAUCGCACGGACCGUUGCCGGCGAACACCGAUAGUCUCGCGUUCGUACAACGCGUUACGUAAUCACGUACCAUCGACCGUCGGCGUCGUCAUCCGACACCAUAGGUACAUACGUACCAUUAUACAUCUACGUCCAAGUACGAGCGCGAUGCUUUUCCACGUAUGUACCUCGAAAUACUCUCGCUAGAUCUCGAAUAAACAGUUUUUGAUAUAAGCGAACUUUUAACCUAAUACAUGCUCGAAAGGAAAGGCAAAUGCCUGGACGCGGAUGCCGGCCUUCGUAAAACGUUCGACAAAUUUCUAUUCCUCGUCGAUACUGUACGACGCGACGGAGCGAAUGCUUGCAAGAUCAAACAAAUACUUUUCUUUCUACGCGCAAUCUUUCUUUCGCGUUUCGUUUUUAU